AUGGGUGUCUCGCAGCCCACCGUUUCUAUGGCAAUUACUGCCACUCUUAGAUGUCUCUCUUCUCCACAAAUUUGUGCACAGUUUAUAAAAUCCCCACUUAAUAUUCACGAAAUUCGCAAAAAUCAAGAAGAGUUCUUCAAAAUCGCCGGGUUUCCUGGAAUUGUUGGGGCCAUCGAUGGCACACAUGUACAAAUUAUCGCUCCUUCUGAAUACGAAAACAGACAUCAUUACCACAGCAUUAACACACAGGUCGUCUUUGAUCCAUUCCACAAGAUAAUUGAUAUCGUAGCGAAAUGGCCAGGGUCAACACAUGACUCAAGGAUCUUGAAUGAGAGUGGACUCAAGUCAUUGUUUGACAAGAACAGAAUCCCUCUUCACACGCAUUUGCUAGGAGACAGCGGGUAUCCUUCAAAGAAAUGGCUCCUAACUCCAUUUUUGCCACCAAACCAAGGGUAUUUUAUAGGGCUCAUAAGAAAACAAGAAGCAAUCGUGGAGAGAGGCAUAGGUCAGCUGAAGAGACGGUUCCAUGUUCUGCAUGGAGAGAUUAGACUGUCUCCAGACAAGGCAUGUCAAGUUAUUGUUGCUUGCUGCAUCUUGCAUAACAUUUGCAAGGACAGGCAGAUCCCAUGCCCCCUGGAUGAUGGUGACCUGGAUGACAAUCAGCAGGAUGAUGGUGAUGGGCUGAAUAAUAUAUUAUGGACAUCAGAGUAG